CAAUACUAUGUAAGUAAAAAAAAAAGCUACAAAAAAUGUCAUAUAAAUUUUCGUUGUCUUUCUCUCCGGUGUACACAUAUUUUAACGUAUUGGAGUCACGCGAAAUAUAGCUUACAAAUCUAAAAACGCGCAUAAUUCUCGUUAUUGGCCAAAGAAAUUAUAAAAAUAUGUUGAACUGCGAUAAUUGCUUCACUAACAAACUACAUUGUCCUACCAAACCUUGCAAGUUACAUAUGCGAGUUUUGGAUAUGUCUAAAUGGACUCUCAACACGGAUUGUAGGAUAUUAUCAUUGGCAGACUAUUUUAUUGUAAUGAAAAUAACAAUUCCCACAAUAUUAUUAAUAGCGCUAUGCGUCUUUUUUUAUACAAAAUGGAGACGUCACCCAGUUGAGGAUAAACCAAAACUACCGACAGCCCUGCCAAUGUUAAGUCGCAAUAUGACUUUAGAAGAGUUACAACAAUAUGAUGGUACUGGAGUAGAUAAAAGAAUUCUUAUUGGUCUUAAUGGAAAUAUAUACGAUGUAACAGCUGGCAGACAAAAAUACGGUCCUGGCAUGCCAUUUGAAAUGUUUGCUGGACAAAAUUUGACUUUUCGUGAUUGGGAAAAAAUCAUUUCGUUUGCAUAUUACAAAGUUGGAAAAGUUAUUACUACAAAAGUAAAGUCAAGAAUAUUAGAUACAGAAUCUACUUCGCAAGAAUCAUUGAAUGCUAUUGCAAAUAAAUUUUUGCGGAGCAGACCCUAUUAUAGGAGAAAAAUGAACAGGCAUGGCUUAUGUUAUAACACCAAAGAGGAAUUAAGACCUUUAACUUUUGAUGAUGAUGUUUAUGAUUUAGAUUCGGAUGACAGUCAUAUUCUGAAUAAUUGUGUCGAUAAAAGGAUAAGUACAACUGUUGAAACUAUUAAGUACACGAGGCUUUUGAAUGAGACCGAGGUGUGAACUAUAUAAAGCGUCCAGGAUUAAUUGUGGCUUUGUUUUAUUUUCUGUUACUAAAUUAAAUAUA